AUGGUUAUUGCAAACAUCCUGGUUGGACAGGAUCUACAGUUCCAAAAUCUCCUAGGUUCCGCAGUGAACAUCCUGGAGAAGCCUAAUGUCUUUGAUGUUCAGAGUGUUCUAAACCACAAAAAGGACGAGGUCAUAAUCAAACUGGCCGAGAAGACCAAGAAGGUCUCCAUCCCAGGCAUCGCUGAGAAGGUCACGGUCAGAGAAAAUGUUGAGAUCGUGAGCGGUGGCAAUGGAACUACUUCGACAGACAUCGAGGUAAACAGUGGGAGCGAAUUAAGUAACUCGCUGAAGAUGGAGAGAAGCGUAAACGGCAAAUAUCUCGCAAUGACAGUCGAGAUGGGCGGUGGCUUCAGCUACGAGAGUACUGUCACCAAAAGUUCGAUGUAUGCAUUGAUGGCUAUCAACCAGACCCAGUUUUCCACCUUUCUACAGACUCGCCACGACCAGGAAACGGCCAGCUUAAGCCGGGAUUUCCUACAAGCUGCCCAGGAACUGCCGAAGUGGCAGGAGACCGAUGCUAUUAAAGACAUAUAUCAGAAAUUCUUUUAUCAAUGGGGAACACACGUUAUUCGGAGGUGCCACUACGGCUGUCGCUUUUCCUUACAAGUGGAGGCGCAGAACGCGCAAUUCGAGAACAAAACCGAAUUCAAAGCCAAUGUCAAGGCUGAAUUCGGAGAAAACUUUGGCAGCAGCGCCAGCAUUGAAAACAAGAAUUCCUACGAAGAGUACCUCAAGAAACGCAGUACAAUAGCCAGUGUAACUGGCGGUGACCGGUCGAGUUCUCUAAAGCUCCAGCGAGAUCCUGCCAGUAAAGACGCGUUUAAGGACUGGGCGGAUUCGAUCAACCUUGUUGAAAGCUCGGCCGUGACAGGUCUCGGGGUGGAAUCCCUAGGGACCCUCCUCAACCGUUGUGGUGUAUCAAAGGGCAACGACAUGAUUGAUGCCCUAAAAAGCCUCACCAAAGAAGGGGACCCGACACCGAUUACGGUCCAUGGCUACCUGUACAGUUCUGUUCCCAAAGCGAAAGAUGUACUUUAUGUCACCAUGUGGGGGGAAGGCUUUCAAAGCUUUGAGAUAAAGCCUUUAUACCAUGGAUACAUUCGAGACCCGAAUCCGCCCAAACCUCCUGCCAAGGAACUGGUCACAAAUGAAAUGCCUGCAUUAGUUGACAACACGAUUCCAGAAGAAGGUUUCGACUGCUAUCGUUAUGCAGCUCAUGUCACAAUACAUGGGAUAACGGGAAUGAGAUUUGCUGUGGGGCUCUCGCAAUCGUCAAGCUAUGGUUCGAAAGGAAUGCACUUGCGUCUGUUUCCUCCCGGUGGGGUAAUUGCGUGUGAUUUCACUCAUGAACGUGAGUGGAACGCGGUAGAAUUUCCCAGCCUUCUUGCAUUUGGGCAUUAUGUGUCGAAAGAUUAA